UAUAAAAAUGGCGAUAUUCUGCAAAAUGAAAUUAAUCGAAGAAACAAAAUGGAAAUUAUCGAUUCGUUACAAAUAAUUGUAAUUAUCAUUAAUAUUCUAAUAGUAACAGUAUCAUCUAAUGGUAAAAAUGUUAAUCAAAUCAAUGAUCAACGAUUAUAUCGACAACAACAACGAUUAUUACAAUUAUAUCAACAACAAUGUUUCAAUAUCAACAAAGAAAAUCAACAAUCAAUUUCGAUUGAACAAUUUUUCACAACGUUUAAUCAAUGUGCACGUCCACAUUUGAUUCGUGCUAAUUUUAUUCCGCCUGAUAUAUUUCCCAAUGAAUUUGAUCGUAUCAAUCAACAAUGUAUUUAUCAAUAUUCAUUACAACCAAAAUGGAAUAUUUGUAAUCAAUUUGUAAUUGAUUCAUUAUUAAAAUGUUGGUUACAACCAAAAAAUUUUACAAUUUGGUUUCGUUUACAAUUAUUAUUACAAAUGAAUCGUGAUUCAUUUGUAAUGUUGGCCGAACAAAUUAUGAAUGAUUGUACAAAUCGAUUGAAAAUGAUUAAUGACAACAACUACAACGAUAAUACCAAUAAAAACAAUGUUUUGUUCAUUUCAACUUAUUUUAAGAAAACUAAAACUAAAACUAAAAAACUGAAUAGUCGUUUAGUUGUUUUGGCUCCAACUUAUGAAAAGAAAUUCUAUUGUUGA